AUGAAGCUCCUCUUCGCCCUGCUGCCUCUAUUUGGUUGCGCCCUUGGACUAGCGCAGCCAUUACAGCCUGAUAGUUGUGUAGCGAAAUGUCCACCACCGGAUUGCUCGGCUGGCAGUGCACUGGAAGCGUGCAAGUGUCUCAACGAACGAGAAUACGCAUGCAAAGCUCAAUGUCCUGAAUACGUUCCCCGUAUCUUACACUGCCCUCGGUUGCCAGUAUCAAACGUCAGUCCGCCAAAGCCUACACCCACCCAGUGCGUUUGCGAAGACGUCAUAUGCAUUCUGUCCUUCCCAGAGGGCUGCUAUUGCCGCAAUAACGCAACGAAAGCGUGUUUCGACAAGUGCGGCGGCGUAGAGCCAGAAUACCAGAACUGCAGUAUCGACGAUGUGCAAGCUCGUGCUCCGAAACCAGAGCCUGCACCUGAGCCAGAGUCAGAGGCCAAGGCUUGUGUCUGCGCACCCGGUCCCCUUUUCUGCCCACAGGUCUGGCCUCAAUCAUGCUACUGCGAGUAUAACGCAAAGAAAGCAUGUUCCGACAAGUGCGGUGGACCCGCACCACCCCUCCCGAACUGCCCUCCUCUCACUCCCAUCGACAUCAAAGCGCGCGUAGCGGAGCCAAAAUCAGUACCUGCGCCAGCAACGCCCCCUCCGAAGUGCGAGUGCCCUCUAGUCAAGUGCAUCGCGUCAUGGCCUGAGACUUGCUACUGCCAGAAUGCUGCCAAAGAACGCUGUUACCAACAGUGUGGUGGCAAGAAGCCUGUUCUGCAGAUCUGCCCACCGAAAACUCCCUCUACACUAUCCACAUCCACCAAAACCGUCACCCCCAUUCCCUUUCCCACUCCCGUCCACCCUCCGAAAGGUUCCCCCACUAACCAAAUCUGCGGCGGCGGCCGCGCAAGUGCUGUCCUAGACUGUCCUGUAGGCCAAGUUUGUAUCACCGAUCCUUUCCAACCGGGUUCAUGCGGCCCUGCCUGUGAUCAGCUGGGUAUUUGCGUUGGGGAGAAGCUGUGUGGUGGAUUUGCAGGUUUCAAGUGCGAUAACCCGGGUCAAGUUUGUGUUGAUGAUCCGAGAGAUGAUUGUGAUCCAUUGAAUGGAGGGAGUGAUUGUGGGGGGUUAUGUGCUUGGCCGCAGUAA